AUGACCCAAAGGGUGGAUGCGAAAGGUGGCAAUGGAGGCAAGAAGUGGGAUGAUGGUACCUACCAUGAUGGUCUUACAAAAAUAAAUGUGCUUUUUGGUCUUGACAGAGGUCAUUUUGUCGGCAUACAAUAUAUUUAUUCUGACUAUGUCAAGAAUGGACAGCCAAAAUAUGGAUCAUUCCAUGGUUUCACAGGGGAAAGUUUCACAGAGACGUUUGAGAUCAACCAUAGAAACAAUGAAUAUCUUGAAUCUGUUGAGGGUUACUACAAAACGGAGACGGAUACAAUUCAAUCCCUUCAAUUCAAAACAAACUUUAGGACUUCUGAAAGCAUGGGAUAUCACAACAACGGUACUAAGUUUACACUAGCAGUCGACAGAAAGAAGAUAAUUGGCUUUCAUGGAUUUGCUAAUGGCAGAAACCUUAAUUCUCUUGGAGCAUAUUUCACUUGGAUUACUCCUACUAAAUUGGAAGCGAAAGGAGGAAAGGGAGGCAACCAAUGGGAUGAUGGAGUUGACCAUGAAGGUCUAACAAAGAUACAUGUUCAAGGUGGUCCUGAAGGCAUACAGUUUGUCAAGUUUGACUAUGUCAAGAAUGGACAACCCAAAGGUGGGCAAGUCAAUGGUCUCUUGGGUAGAGGUUUCAUACAACAAUUUGAGAUUAACCACCACGAGGGCGAAUAUAUAAUAUCUGUUGAGGGUUACUACGACGAGGCAUCAGGGGUCAUUCAAGGACUUCAGUUCAAGACUAACAUCAAGAUUUCCGAACUGAUAGGAUAUGAAAAGGAAACCCUUCCUCCUACUAAAUUGGAACGCCAAGGUGGUACUAUUGGAAGACCUUGGGAUGAUGGUGCUUUCCACGGCGUUAGGAAAGUAAACGUUCUCUAUAGUGCAAGAAGUGUAGAUUGUAUCAAGUUCGAGUACGAUAACGACGGAAAAGUUGAAAAGCGUCAGCAUGGGUUUAUAAGUAAACAAGAAGGAGAGUUUGUGGUUGAUUAUCCAAACGAAUUCAUCACAUCCGUGGAAGGGACUUUCAUGUACGACACUGAUACUUGGGUUACAUCAUUGACGUUCAAAACAUCUAAAGGGAGAACCUCUCCGAAAUUUGGUAAUGUGUCUGAUGAUGACAAGUCUCCUAGUGAUUUCGUGUUGGAGAAUAAAGGUUGUGCUCUUGUUGGGUUCCAUGGACGGUCUACUGAUUCUGGAACGUUUCCUGAUACUGUUCUUAUCGCUCUUGGAGCGUAUUUUCAUCCGCUGCCUCCUCCUCCUUCUUCUGAGUCUGAGAAACUAGUAGCACAAGGUGGAGAUGGAGGAGAUUUUUGGGAUGAUGGUGGUAAUUUUGAUGGUGUUAAGAAGAUAUACAUAGGACACAAUGAGAUUGGCGUCACAUUCCUUAAGUUUCUAUAUGACAAGAAUGCUCAGGUAUUCGUCGGAGAUGAUCAUAGGAGCAAGACGCUACUUGGAGUCGAAGAGUUCGAGCUUGAGUAUCCGAGAGAAUACUUGACAUCAGUGGAGGUUAGUUACGAUAAAGUAGACGGAAGCGAAUCCGAAGUUGUACGCAUGCUUAAGUUCAAGACUAACAAACGAACCUCUCGAGCCUUUGGACUUGAUACAACAAACUCAAGUUUCGUACUCCACAAGGAAGGUCACAAAAUUGUAGGGUUCCAUGGAAAAGCCAAUAACAUGCUCCAUCAAAUUGGGGUCCACGUCUUACCCAUUUCCGACCAAGUUUGA